UGGCUAUUUUAGGAAUAGAGUCAGACGGUUAUUGUGAUGUCUGAAGCUUAUCUGUAUUGUUGAGAGCUAGAGCUGAAGCUUAUCUAGAGACAUGUAAAUGUAAAUAUGGAUAUAUCAACAACUACAUCCAGGCAUCGAUUCCCUAGAAACAUGUAACAGGAAGAGACGACAAUGGAACUUCCCAUCAUUCUCUUCUGCAUCUCACUAAUUUUCUGGUGGUUCAUCAUCAAACCAUAUGUCUAUUCUAAAUCCAGAAAGCUACCACCAGGUCCAACUGGUAUCCCAAUAGUCGGCUCACUUUUAGAACUAGGUUCAAAACCCAACCAAUCACUAGCCGAGCUAGCUAAAAUCUACGGCCCUCUGAUGACUCUAAAACUCGGUUCGGUCACAACCAUAAUCGCCUCCUCCCCAGAAACAGCCAAAGAAAUCCUCCAAAAACACGACAAAACAUUCUCAGCGCGCACAGUUCCCCAUGUCGUCGCCUCCCAACCAAACCCAGAAGCCACAUUAGCAUGGGUCCCAGCCGACAACAUGUGGAGGAACAAGAGAAAAAUAUGUAACACGCAGUUGUUCACUAACCAAAGACUCGAUUCUCUCCAAGAACUCCGCCACCAAAAGGCUGAACAACUUGUGAGUCAUAUUAGAAAACGGUGUGAGAGUGGCUCGGCUGUUGAUAUAGGACACGUGGCGUUUGCGAUGACGUUGAAUUUAAUAUCGAACACGAUUUUCUCGAUUGAUAUGGUUGACCAGGAAUUCGAGACGGCUCAAGAGUUUAAGGAUUUGGUCUGGACUAUCAAUGAGGAUGCUGGGAAGCCUAACUUGUCUGAUUAUUUUCCGGUUCUGAGGUGGCUAGAUUUGCAAGGAGUGAAACGUCAUAUAACGCCAGCGUAUUUACGAUUGCAUGAGAUAUUUGAACAAGAAAUCGAAAAGAGACUAGAAUCAAGAAGUAACUCGGGGAUGAAAAAGAAAGAGGAUUUCUUGGAUGUACUUCUUGAUGAAUGUGAAGAUGAAGGGUCCGGAUUUGAUCGCAAAACUAUCAAGCCUCUUAUCCUGGAUUUAUUCAUCGCCGGAAGUGACACAUCCGCCAUAACAACAGAAUGGGCAAUGGCAGAACUUCUUCGAAAACCUCAAGAACUCAACAAAGUACGACAAGAAAUUAUUGAACAAAUAGGCUCAGAAAGGCUAGUGAAAGAAUCGGACAUCGACAAACUUCCAUACCUUCAAGCAGUUGUAAAAGAAACCUUGAGACUACAUCCCCCAGUUCCAUUACUCGUACCACGUAAAGCUUUGAGCGACACAGAAAUGUUCGGUUACACCGUGCCCAAAAAUAGUCAAAUUUUCGUGAAUGUUUGGUCAAUGGGAAGAGACCCAAAGUACUGGGAAAAGCCACUAGAGUUUCUGCCCGAAAGAUUCAUUAAAUCUAGUGUGGAUUACAAAGGUAGGGAUUUUGAGUAUAUACCGUUUGGCACGGGCCGGAGAAUUUGUCCUGGAAUGCCGCUUGCUAUAAGGAUGGUGAAUUUAAUGUUGGCUUCUAUUGUUCAACCAUUUAAUUGGAAGUUGCCAAAAGGGUUGGCACCAGAGAAUUUGGACACGGUGGAACAAUAUGGACUUACCUUGAGGAAGGCUAUUCCUCUUGUUGCCAUUCCUAGUAUGGAAGAAAAUUACAAGGUCAUGUUUUAAGUCUCUCUCUAUCUAUCUAUGUAAAAUAUGGAUGAUAUGUACAUGUCCUUAACAUUUUGAUUUUAUGGCUACUCAUUAAUUAAGAAGGGGGAAAUAUCAUUUGCUUA